AUGCGCGCGGCCCCCGCCGCGGCGCCGCCCGGGCGGGCGGCAGGAGGCGAUGUUCGUCUGCCGUUCCGCAUGCUCGUCCUGCGGCUGCGAGGAGGCCUUCCCGCGCGCCCGCGCCAGCGCGGACCUCGCGCCCUUGCUGCAGCGGCACCGCCCUCGGCUCCGACCGCGGACGUCGGCCCAGACGCGGACGUGCUGAAGCCCGUCCCGGGCGGCGGCGCACUCCAGGGCCGCCGCCGCCUGCCCGAGGCAGCUGCCGAGGCCGAGGGGACGCCGAGGCGGGCCCUCCUGCGGGCCGCGGCCGAGGAGGAGCGGCGCCGCCACGACGAGGAGGCCGAGCGGCGGGUCCAGGAGCGCCAGCGCCGCCGCGAGGAGGCCCAGCGGAGGGCCGAGGAG